CAAAAAGUCUUCAUCCCAUGUUUUAUUUUCCCGAUCUUUCUGUACACAGCCGCCCCAAGAAAUACGUUUUCCGGCGAUCAAACCCAGGUAAGUCGCCAUCUUUCUUAACUAUUUUCAAAACCCAUUUCAAUUAGCCAAUACCCAUAUCAGAUCUCUCAUUUUCCAUCCCUUUUAAUGGCAAAUUCUCAACCUUUUUUACUAUCUUUAUUAUUACACUUUAUAUUGAUACAUAUAUUUGUAUUGACUUAUAAAUCUGAUCUAGUUUCUGCACAAAAUUGCCCAAAAUCCAAUACUUCUUUACUUAAUUUUAGUUCUCAGUUUGUUAUGGUUCAACAUCAAUUAAGAGGGCAAUUUAGUAUUUUAGAUGAUUGUUCAUUUAGAGUUAGUGAAUUUGAUAUGAUAAAUGGUGGAAAUGAUGUUCAUUGGUGGGGUGCUUUUGGUGAUGAUUAUGAAAGUUUGACAUCUGGAUUUGUUAUAUCUAAUGAUCACUUAAAUAUGUCUAGUUAUAGUAAUGAUAGUUUUGUUGUUAGUUUGAUGGAUAAUGUUACGUGGGAUAAGAUUAAGGUUGUUUCGGUUUGGGAUAGUGAUAUGGCGUCGGAUUUUGGGCAUGUUUUGUUGCCUGGUUUGGAGGAGGCGAAUGCGAGUGAUGUGGUUUAUAAACAGCCGACUAUGUUUGAGAAUUGUAAGGUGUUGUCCGAUACGUAUAGGUUGAGGUGGACUUCGAACGAGAAGGAUAAUGUGAUUGAUAUUGGAUUAGAGGGUGCGAUCGGGAUUCAAAAUUAUAUGGCGUUUGGUUGGACUGAACCGAAUAGGGAACAUGAUCAUAUGCUUAAUGCUGAUGUGGCGGUGACGGGGUUUACUGAAGAGGGUGUUCCGUUUGCUGAUGAUUAUUAUAUUACUAAGUAUAGUGAAUGUAUUAAGAUUGAUGAUGGCUUGUAUGAGGGUGUGUGUCCUGAUACAAUGUAUAAUGUUUCGGAUUCUAAUGAGUCGGUUAACAAUACUCGGUUAGCUUAUGGGCAUAGAAGAGAUGGUGUGUCGUUUAUUCGUUAUCAGAGACCGUUGAAAUCUUUAGACAAGAAAUAUGAUUGGGAUAUUGAUGUGGCAAGUGAAAGAGUGUGUAUUUGGGCCUUAGGUUUGAUAAAACCGCCUGAUUCCAUUCGACCUUAUUACCUUCCACAAAAUCACGGGAAGACUUAUGGGCAUGUUCAUAUUAAUGUUUCUCAGAGGGUAAAUGAUUGUGUUGGCCCACUUGAUGCGGAAGAUAAAGAAGAUCAAGAAUUAGUGAUAGCGGAUAAGAAAGAACCGAUUAUUGUUACUUCUGGUCCGGCUUUACAUUACCCAAACCCUCCAAAUCCUUCAAAGGUUUUGUAUCUUAACAAGAAAGAAUCGCCUGUUUUACAGGUCGAAAGAGGUGUCCCAGUGAAAUUCUCAAUUCAAGCAGGUCAUGAUGUUGCAUUUUACAUCACAUCUGACCCGCUUGGCGGAAAUGCAACUUCCAGAAAUGGGUCGGAAACUGUUUACAUUGGUGGGCCAGAUGCCCAAGGAGUGCAGUCCAGCCCGAAAGAGUUAACGUGGGCCCCAGAUCGAAACACACCCGAUCAAGUCUAUUAUCAGUCAGUUUUUACACAAAAAAUGGGAUGGAAGGUUCAGGUCGUUGACGGUGGUUUAACCGAUAUGUAUAAAAACAGUGUCCUUUUAGAUGAUCAGCAAGUCAACUUCUUUUGGACACUUUCCGAUAAGUCAAUUUCUAUAGCAGCCCGUGGUGAGAAGAAAAGUGGGUAUCUUGCCAUUGGGUUUGGUUCAGAAAUGGAGAACAGUUUUGCGUAUGUUGGAUGGGUCGAUGUUAAUGGUACUGGUCGGGUCAACACGUAUUGGAUAGACGGAAUGAACGCCCAAAGUCUCCAUCCGACCAAUGAAAGUCUGACAUAUGUCAGAUGUACGUCAGAAAACGGUGUCAUCACUUUAGAAUUCACUCGCCCAUUGGAUCCUAGUUGCAAUAGAAAAGAGCGAAAAGAGUGUAAUAACAUUAUUGAACCCACGACUCCUCUAAAAGUUAUCUGGGCCAUGGGGGCUAAAUGGUCAUUAGACCAUUUGACCCAAAGUAACAUGCAUUCGGUAAAAAGCAAUAAACCUGUUCGGGUUUCACUUAUUCGUGGUUCAGCUGAGGCUGAGGAAGAUUUAAGGCCCGUGUUAGCCGUGCAUGGGUUCAUGAUGUUUCUAGCUUGGGGAAUGUUAUUUCCUUGUGGAAUUCUAGCUGCACGAUACACAAAACAUCUACCUGGUGACAUAUGGUUUAAGAUUCAUGUCUACUCACAAUACUCGGGUUUAGCAAUCACUUUUCUCGGUAUCCUUUUUGCUGUGGCUGAGCUUCGCGGGUUUCAUCUCAGCUCAGUACAUGUCAAAUUGGGAUUCUUGACAAUUCUUAUGGGUUGCAUACAACCCAUUAAUGCAUACUUCAGACCUAAAAAGCCCGAUGCUGAUAACCCUUCGAAAGAAAGGGUCAUUUGGGAAUACAUUCACACUUAUGUAGGAAGAUGUUCCAUUUUUGUCGCGAUUUUCGCUCUUAUUAGUGGAAUGAAGCAUUUAGGAGAAAGAUACAAUGAAGAAAAUACCCUUGGGCUAACAUGGGCCUUGAUCGUUUGGGUAUUAUUAGGUUUUCUACUUGUUUUAUACUUGGAAUUCAUGAAAAGGCGUAGGCCGGAAACUGUAGGGAGAAGCAAUUGGGUUUUGGGUAAUGGGGAAGAAGAGGAUGCUGAUCUUUUAAGCUCAAAUGGGAAUCAUGGUGAGAAAGACUCGGUUGAAAGAAUGGAAGUUCAGCUCGAACCUGUGUCUGGAAGGUAUACAGUUAUCUAAAGGUUGGGUUUUUCAAGAUUUGGUGAGUCAUUAUUCUUCGUUUUCUAUUCUUUUAUGUUAACUAUCCCUGCCCGACCAACAGUUUUGAUCUUGAACGGCUUGGUGUGUGUAUAAUCAACUUACUUUGAAGUUCUAGAGAGGGAAAAUGAUAUCUUAUGUACUUUUGUUACACUUAAUACAUUUGUUAUUCAUCUA